UGUAUAAGGUUCUAGUUUUCAGGCCUUCGUAUUUUCAGUUGGGAUGGUUUACAUGUUGGUAUUUUCAGGCCUAGAACCGAAGCCAGCAAGCGUGGAGGAUAGAGACAUGAGAGCUAAAACAACAAUAACAAUAUUUUCCUUCUUUGAGCUCCUUUAGAUGUUGAAGAAACAGAAUCUAAUCUGGAGAUAUGGUAGCGGAUAUGGAGCACCGGCCGAUGCAGCUGUUGCAGGCAGUUUUAGCACCAGAAGCAAGUGGGGAAGAAGAGAAGGUACACCUGGUGUUGUCCAUGGAGGAUGGCCACAAACUGCAACAGGCUUUGCAACUUGUUCCGCCUCAGAGAAAAGUAGUCCUUGUCCAUAUCCACCGGCCGGCAAUGAUGAUCCCAAUCCCAACCAUGGGUGGUACGGUACAUGCAAGCAUAUUGAAAGAUAAUAUUGUCAAGGGUUAUAGGGAUGAACAGAGGGAUCAGGCUCUCCAAGCCUUAGAGGGAUACAAGGAAAUCUGUACUAGAGCAGAGAUUCAAGCAGAGGCGCUGAUGACCGAGAACGACAAUAUGUCAGCUGGGCUUCUGGGACUCAUUGCGGAACAUAAGAUCACCACACUGAUCAUCGUUGGUAUUGGCAAAAGUUGGGUAAAUAGGUCGAAGAGAAACUUGGCAGCAGCUUUGAAGAAAGGAGCUGACCCGUCCUGCAGCAUCUUGUUUAUGCAUAAAGGCAGGCUCAUCUCUGUUAGUCAACAGGAUGGCAGUUUCUUUGCUUUCGAAAUAAAAGGGACACCUUCUUCCAUAAGCAGUUGCCGCCUCUCCCUCUCGUGCAGCAGCAACAGCAGCCCGUCUUCUUUCAUGUGGGAUUCGCCUAGCACACCAUCUUCUCACUCCAUUUUAUGGGAUUCCUGGAGCACACCCGAUAGUUUGGACCCUUCACAGCUGGAUGACCCCUCUCUUGAGAUCGCUGGCUCCAUAGUUGGUGAUAGCAGGCUCACUGUUAUUCUCGGCGAAUCAAUUGAUACUUUCAGGGAGCUAACCGGCUACCUGAAUUUGGUCGGAGAUUCACAUGAAAUGCACCAGGAGUUCCAGUUCAAAUACUCAGAGAUAGUGAGUAGGUGCCAGUUCAUUGGUGGCAUUGAUUCGGUGCUCGGAGCAGACCCCGAGAAUUGCGGGGAGGAAUACUGGAAGACCAUCAAGGCCUGGCCUGCUGCAUUUGAGCAUUUUGUCAGCGUUCUCAACAAAGUGCUGCAACUCCUUAAGCAGAACUGCUUGAAACACAAUGGGCUUACACCCGACAAGAUUUUUAUAAUUGCAGAGAAACUUAUAGAUCGAUUUGUCAAAGUUGCGUCAGCUGUUACUACGGUGAGGAAGUCGCCAGAGAAGCUAUUCUGUGCAUUAUACAUGUGCAGAGUAAUUGUUGAUUCAACUCCCUCUCUCAAGAAAGUUUUGCCUUCAGAUGUUCUCAGUAGAAUCGACAGCGUCCACACGGUACUGAAUGAUUCUGCCAGGGGAAUACUUGGAGAGUUUAAAGAGUUGAUCAAGAACUACAGCUCACAGAAGGUAGCACAGGACGGAAGCAUCUUACUGAUAACCAGUUACGUCAUGAGAUACAUCAAAAUGCUGAUAAAUCAUGCUGGUUCACUUGAUACCAUUUUGGACUAUCGUCAGAACAGUGAUCUGUUUUUCUCAAAGGGGAACACCGGUCUGUUGUUUGAGGGAAUAAGCUUGACAGGUCGUCUGGUAUGUGGGCUUGUUGGUGACCUGAAUAAAGUUAUUGAACAAAAGUCUAGAUUAUAUGCUUCUGUGGGACUCCGGUGUUUGUUCUUGAUGAACAAUGGCAACUUCAUAAUCCAGGAGAUGGAGCAUUCGGAUAUAAAGCUGGUCGUCGGAUCUGAGUGGCUUAAGCAGCGCAGGGAUGAGUUUGAUAUGCACAUGAGGGAUUACAUGUCCUCGACAUGGGAACAGGUCACGUAUUAUCUGACGACUGCAGCAAGCCCCCCUCGUAAAAGACUUCGGCCUGGGCUCCUCGGUAUCUUCCACACAAACGCAGGCCCCUUGCAUAGUUUCCAUUCUGCUUUCAAGGAAACCUGCAACUCUCAGAUGAACUGGAAGGUGCCGUGUCCAGUUCUUCGGUCCAAGCUCCGUGAUAACAUCUCGGAGCAUGUUGCUCAAGCCUGCAAGGCGUAUUUGGAAACGCUGAGACAGUCUUCGGCGGGCGUUGGUAGGAAUUUUAGGAGCAAAGUUAGCGAACUGUUUGAAGGGUGAGCAGAUAUCGCAGUUUCAACAAGAUCUGAAGACGAGGAAUCGAAGCCCCAGUCCUUUCGUCGCUUCCCUACCAUUUUUAUUUUAAUGAUGAUAGUUCAGACUUCAGAGUAAACUGUGCUCCAGACUUCACUGGUGUAACUGUGUGCGUCCCCCCCCCCCCCC